UUUCAACGUUUGAAAAGCCAAAAGGAAUGCCACCCAGACAUCAACAUAUGUGAGAUUACAAAUGGCAAAUACAGAGGAUUUAGAAGUGUUCAGAAAGAGAUGGAAAGAGGAAGUAAACAGAAAACAAAGCAAUCUACUUAGAGGAAACGCGGACGGAGGGACUACAAGUAAUGAGGGGAAGAAUUCUGCGUCAAGUUCUAGAAAUCAUAACGUGAUAACACCACCAAAACCAGUCAACAUUAAAUUUAACGAUAAUAUUAUCGCCUCCAAUUCUAGUGAUGAUAGUUUGAAUAGCAAACGAGAGGUUGCUUAUUAUCCGUUUGACAUUGUUUGUAAUCUGUUAAAAGAUGGACAAAAUCCUCAAAUAGAGAAUCAACAGACGGGCAAAAAAGAAUCAGUUGUUGAAAAAAAGUACCUAAAGAGGCAUAAAGAUCAACAAUCAAAUGAUAAAUCUGUCAAGAAAUUCAAACUGAAAGACAUAUUCUCAAAUAAACAAGGUGUAAAUGAUGGAUCAGGCAAAAUCAGAGAAAGAAUCUUGGACAAAUUCAUUUCGGACUUGGAUGAGAUUAAUGAGAUUCCAUUCUUUGACUUGUCCAUCCCAAGAGAAGUAGGAAUCAAAAUUUUCCAGCAUCUUAGUAUGCCAGAUUUAUGCAGGUGUGCCCAGGUCAGCAAGAGUUGGAAAAGCCUGGCCGAAGAUGAAUUUUUGUGGUGUAAGAUUUGCCAUGAUCUUGGCUAUGAAGAGGAUAUCCUUACUAUAGAAAAGGUCAAUUGGAAAGACAUAGUCAGGCAGAAUCUCAACAGGAAAAGAAGUAUUCUUUCAAACUGGAAGGAGAGAAAAGGAGAUGUCCGACAACUUCAGCACUUGCCUGGUGGAAUCCUGUGUUCUGUACACUCUUACCUCAAUAUUGUUGCUGCAGGGUAUACAAAAGGAGAUGUCAAAGUAUGGGAUCUAGAAAAUGAAGAAGACUUUAUACUGCAGCCUUCUAACACAUCCCUCAUUAUCGAUGAAGAAGAAGAGGAAGGCACAAUUACAAAUUUUGUCACCAAAGUUUCUACAUCCAAAAAUAUGAUAGCUGCCGUGUUUCAACAAGGAAAUGUUGAUGUUUGGCAACUUCAGGGAAAUCAGACACAGCCAUGUUAUACAUUUGUUGACGGCCAUUCCAAACGGAUAUCUCACCUCUGUUUAUCAGAUCUGUCAGACACCAUGGUAACAGCAGCUGGACCAUUUGUUCACAUGCAUCGUAGGAAAUCUGGUUUGUUCCAGACACAACAAAUAGAUGUUCAACAGUGGGUCCAGCAUAUUGAGUUGUUUGAGCCACCAGCUUCCCCUCCACAUGUUGCUGUAUCCACAUGGUUCAAAGUCUCUUUAUACAACAUGGAAACUCCAGAUCAACAGUGUACAGAGAUACAUAAUAUUGUAGAUCUGAACAUAUCAGCCAUUGAUGUAUCUGAAGAAAGCAAUAUUCUAGCAGUUGCUCUGAAGCAGAAGGUAAAGUUAUAUGAUAUUCAUUCAAAGAGGGAGGUACAGGAUUUGUAUGGACACACCAGAGAAAUAUCAUGUAUGAAUUUACGAAACAGUCCCAUCAAUCAAAUAGUGACUGGCAGUGUAGAUAGGAGGGUGCGUGUUCAUGACAUCAGAACCACUAAUCCUGUAGCUUCCUUUACUGGGCACAUGUACGAGGUAACGUCUGUACAGAUGGAUGACUGGAAGGUCGUCUCUGGAGGAUUUGGGGGGUUUGUUUAUGUGUGGGACCUCCGCAUGGCUCGUAAACUUUGGGAAAUUCACAGCAGACACCCUGUUAGACACUGUAAAUUUUCUGAAGACAAACUUGUAGUUGGAAACGUACCAUCGUCAAAAUGUCCUGUUGUUGAUGAAUAUGAGAACAUCACACAUCGAAAAUACAGAGGAGGGAUACAGGUGUACGAUUUCUCUAGGGACCAGAUGACUGAGGGGGUACCUGACAUCUGUCUGUCUACCUAUGAUGAGCCUAGUGCUUCCAGCUACAACAUGGCACUAGUGAAUCCUUAUGACAAAAUAUGAGCAAAAUUACAGGGACAAAUAAAGGACUAAAUACAUCGUUUAAAUAUUCAAUAAUGUUUAUCAAAUAUCUGUUUGGUAUUCUUCAAAAUUACAAAUUUUAGUGCAGAAACUUUUAUUAGGAAAAUUACCAUUGUCUUUCAUUU